CUCCUGGACUGCUGUGGGCCACUGUCGAGGGUCGAUUGGUGGGGGUUUUGUGCGCCCAAUGUGCUCCCUACAGCUGAACAGCACGCUCUCCGGCAGUGCCUGCAGAAAUUUCCCCAGCCAGAAGGACCUAGUCGCCUGUAAUGACGGCUCUCUCUCUGCCUGGUGAAGGUACAGGCCCCACAGUUGAGGCCCCCCUUCUCCUUCCUCUCCUUCAUCCAUUUCCUCCUCCUGUAAGGAAACGUGACGUCAUAGGAACUACAACGCGCGUGCGCAUGAAUUUACCGCGCGCGUGUGGAUUUUAGCUCUACUGUAGUACUACACGCACGAAAAGCAGUGCAUCCGCUCCAGCCCUUGCUUCGCUCCCUGCAGAGCCCGUAGUAACAGCAGACAGGUGACAGAAUGGUGAGUCUUACGCGACCCGCAAAUCGCGCUGUAUGUUUGGGUCGCGCUGAUGAAAGGACGACUGGCACUACCGCUCAACUGCCACCGAGUUGCAUGCAACUUGAGCACAUGUGGUGCAUGUGUGACGAUAAUGUAGCAUCGGCCUUGGGCUCGUAAGUUCACAAAUGAGGCCAUCUAAUCAUGACUGCAAGAAAGAAACAGUAAUGUAAAAGGAGGGAGAAGGGACAGCAGGAGUACAUACGGUGUGGUAAUGCUGCUAUUCAACCCUACCUACCUCAGGCUACUCCACUGAAGGUGUGCGUGACAGGAGCCGCCGGGCAGAUUGCCUACUCCCUCCUCUACCAGAUCGGACAUGGAGAUGUGUUUGGUAAAGAACAGCCUCUGAUCCUGACGCUCCUGGACAUAACUCCGAUGAUGAAUGCCCUCCACGGAGUUGUGAUGGAGCUACAUGACUGUGCCAUGACCCUCGUCAAAGAGAUUGUACCGACGGACAGUGAGGAGGAGGCGUUCAGGGACAUCGACGUGGCGUUCCUGGUCGGCUCCAUGCCUCGCAGGGAGGGGAUGCUGCGCAAGGACCUCCUCACUGCCAACGCAAAGAUCUUCCGCUCACAGGGCCUGUCGCUUGACAAGUUUGCCAAGAAGACGGUCAAGGUGGUGGUGGUGGGUAACCCAGCCAACACCAAUGCCAUGAUCUGCUCGCACUUUGCCCCGUCCAUCCCCAAGGAGAACUUCACUGCCCUCACUCGCCUCGACCACAACAGAGCCAAGGCACAGAUUGCAACCCGUAUUGGAGUCAGGAGUGACGCGGUGAAGAAUGUCGUGAUAUGGGGCAACCACUCGUCCACCCAGUUUCCCGAUGUGAGCCACGCCACGGUGGAAGUGGAGGGGAAAACCCUGCCCGUUUACGAGGCCGUCAAGGACGAUGCUUGGAUCGAGGGAGAUUUCAUAACCACGGUCCAGGGACGUGGGGCUGCUGUGCUCAAGGCCCGCAAACUGUCCAGUGCUAUGUCUGCAUCCAAGGCAGUGUGCGACCACGUCCGAGACUGGUGGUUCGGAGCACCACAGGACGAGUGGGUUUCCAUGGCAGUGAUGUCGGACGGCUCCUACGGGAUGCCAGAGGGUGUGGUCUACUCGUUCCCAGUCCGCGUAUCCGCUGACUGCAAAUGGGCCAUCGUGAAGGACCUGCCCAUCUCUGACUUUGCCCGGGAGAAGAUGGAGAAGACGGCCAAGGAGCUGGAAGAGGAGAAGAAGACAGCACUGGAGUUUCUGGCCUCCAACUCCUCCUGACUAGGACCCCGUGUUCGACGUCACACAACCAGCAAACUGUGAUACCUAUACUUGCCGUGUGUAUAUAUAGUGGUGUCCUUUUGCAGGUGUGGCGUCCGAUCGUUGACACUUCUGUUUAGGCACUUAGUAACAAAUUGUAUUGCAAAUCUAGGAGUUUUUGCCAGCAAGUCAAAAUAAAAUUCGUGAAAUUCGUAAGAGAAUGCAGAACACAGAAGAGCAAAAUCCAUUAUUUUGACCCCACAAAACCUGUAUAUACAUCAUAAUCUCUAAUACAGUACUAUGUACACACACAUCACAUCCUAAACACUCCAAAGUGUGUGUCAGGUAGAGGAGCGUUGAGGGCUGCACUGAGACUCAUGGCCAGAACACGUCUGGUGUCUGCCGGAUCUAUCACCCCGUCGUCCCACAGUCGGGCGCUCGAGAAAUAGGGGUGACCCUCCCGAUCGUACAUGUCUACUAUCGGCUGCUUCAUUCUUGCUUCCAUCUCCGGCGUGACCUCCUGACCUUUCUUCCUCAUCUUGUGUAUGGCGAUGGAGGUGAGAACAAACGCAGCCUGCUCCCCUCCCAUCACCGAUAUGCGGGCGUUGGGCCACAUGUACAAGAAACGGGGACUGUACGCACGGCCGCACAUCCCGUAGUUCCCAGCGCCGAAGCUCCCGCCGAUAAUGACUGUGAAUUUCGGUACCUGUGCGCAUGCGACAGCCAUCACCAUCUUGGCCCCGUUCUUGGCAAUCCCGCCGCGCUCUGCCUCCCCUCCCACCACAAACCCCGUCGUAUUCUGCAGGAAGACGAGCGGGAUCUUUCUCUGGCAGCAGAGCUCGAUAAGUGGGUCCCCUUCACGGCAGACGGCGAGUCCAGGAUCCCGUUGUUGGCCACUAUCCCGAUGGGGUAGCCGUGGAGCCGUGCAAACCCAGUCACCAGAGCCGGUCCGUAAAGAGCCUUGAAUUCUGAGAACCGACUCCCGUCCACCAGUCUAGCAAUGACCUCUUUUACAUUGUACCCCUUUCUCAGAUUGGAUGGGACCACCCCGUAGAGGUCUUCCGGUGGGUACAGAGGAUCUUCCGGUUUCUCGAUCGUGACCUGUGGCUCUUUCUUGUAGUUGAGGCUCCGAAUACACCUCCUGGCCAGGUAGAGUGCGUGUGGAUCAUCUUGGGCAUAGUGGUCCGAUACACCAGAUAUCUUACAGUGGACGUCUGCUCCGCCCAGGUCCUCCGCCGAUAUGACCUCAUUGGUUGCUGAUUUGACCAGUGGAGGGCCCUGCCAGGAAGAUGGUUCCCCUGUUUCCGACAAUGAUGCUCUCGUCUGCCAUUGCAGGGACGUAGGCCCCGCCGGCGGUGCAGGAUCCCAGGACCACUGCCACCUGAGGAAUGCCGAGCGAAGACAUGGUCGCCUGGUUGUAGAAGAUCCGGCCAAAGUGAUCCCUGUCCGGAAACACGUCCUUCUGACGGCGGAGCAUGGCACCGCCAGAGUCCACGAGGUAGAUGCAAGGGAGGCGGUUCUCGCGCGCGAUCUCCUGCGCUCGGAUGUGUUUCUUGACGGUGAUGGGGUAGUAGGUCCCCGCCGUGACCGUGGCGUCGUUUGCCACGACCAUGCACUCGACUCCAGAGACUCUCCCAACACCCGUUACGAUGCCUCCGGCCGCAACGUGUACGGGUUGCCCGGAAUCGUCUUCGUAAAGCUCGUGUCCGGCUAGCUGAGACAGCUCGAGGAACGGGGAGCCUGGGUCCAGCAGGAGGUUAAUGCGCUCUCUAACGAGGAGCUUCCCCUGGCUCAAGUGGCGUUCUCGAUCCCGCUCGCUGCCUCCGGCCUCGUUUGUCUUCACCAUGUGGCGCAGGUCCUGCACGAGUCGCUUCAUCUCCUCGGUGUUACGUCUGACUUUGUCGUUCGGCUGCAGGGGGGUGCCGAUCUGAUCCGCCCGCUCUUCCCCGUGGUACGCCCGACAGCAUACUCGCGCCCAGGAUCCACCGAAGGGCCACCUGCGAGCUAGACGAGCAGCUCGUAGCAUGGUUUCUUCCCCGCUGCAGUUUUUCCCAG